AUGGCGAGCAGAAAGGCCAAGGUCCUCGCCGGCGCGGUGGCCGGCACGGUGCUCGUGGCGGCCGAGGUGGCCCUCUACCUCUGCCUGCGCCUCUCCAGGCCCUUCUACCUCUCCACGGCCGCCGUCCUGGCGGCGACGGUCCUGACGCUGCUGCUCCUGCUCCACUGCACGGCGGGGCGGGCGGAGCGCAUGGCGGCGCGCCGGGCUCUGGACGACGGCGAGGAGCUGCGCGCCGAGUACAGCUACUUCCGCAAGGUGGCCGGGCUGCCGCGCAAGUUCUCCCUGCACGCGCUGGCGGCGGCCACGGACAACUUCCGGUGCGUGGCCGGGCGGGGCGCCUCCGGCACGGUCUUCCGCGGCGUCCUCGACGACGGCAUCCCCGUCGCCGUCAAGCGGAUCGCCGACGACCGCCCCGGCGCCGGCCGCGCCGACAAGGAGUUCCGGGCGGAGGUGGCGGCCAUCGCCGGCGCGCAGCACGUCAACCUGGCCCGCCUCCUCGGCUUCUGCCUCGGCUCCCCGCGCUUCCUCGUCUACGAGUACAUGGACCACGGCUCCCUCGACCGCUGGAUCUUCCCCGCCCCCGGCGGCGAAGCAAAUGACGCCGCCGACGCCCGCCCGCGCUGCUGCCUGCCGUGGCCGCGCCGCUACCAGGUCGCCGUCGACGUGGCCAAGGCGCUCGCCUACCUGCACCACGACUGCCGCUCCAAGGUGCUGCACCUGGACGUCAAGCCGGAGAACAUCCUCCUCGACGACGGCUUCCGGGGCGUCCUCUCCGACUUCGGCCUCUCCAAGCUCGCCGGCAAGGACCAGAGCCGGGUGGUCACGGCGGUGCGCGGCACCGCGGGCUACCUGGCGCCCGAGUGGCUCCUCGGCGCCGGCGUCACGGAGAAGUCCGACGUCUACAGCUACGGGAUGGUGCUGCUGGAGCUGGUCGCCGGCCGCCGCUGCGUGCGGCCGGAGGAGGACGGCGGGUGGUCGUACCUGCCCAAGAUCGCCGCCGAGAUGACGCGGGCGGGGCGCGUGAUGGAGGUGGUGGACCGGAGGCUCUCCUCCGGCGUCGGGGAGGCGGAGAAGGCGGCGGUGCGGCGCGCGGUGCACGUGGCGCUGUGGUGCGCGCAGGAGAAGGCCGGGGCGCGGCCGAGCAUGGCGCGCGUGCUGGAGAUGCUCGAGGGGAGGGUUGCCGGGGAGGUGGAGGCGCCGCCGCCGUCGGACACCAUCAUGGAGGACCUGCUGGCGCUCGGCCACGCGCGCGAGCGCGGCGGCGGGCCGUUCCGGCUGCCGUUGCCGAGCCCGACCGGGAGGGCCGCCUCGUCGGCGUCGGUGCUGAGCAAAUACGACUCGUUCGCCAUGUCCUAUCUGUCAGGGAGAUAGCGUUCCUCAUCAUGCACAGUGGAGUCAGCUAUUAGCCUUUUAACUGCAGCAUUUGUGGGUGAGACUUGUGCUGACGUGGCAUGUGGUUAGACUGUGAUUAGUCAAUCAGUUCGCCACGGAGGCGGUCUACUUGUCACUUGUGAAGGAAAAAUUUGUAGGCAUCGCCACGUGGCACGUUGCUUGUACCGAAGCGAUGACUAUUCAACCUCGGGAGCUGGGAGGAUGAACAAGAGGGCGGAAAACAAAAUUAGGGUUUUUUUUUAGGGUAGGCGAUGAGGAGGCCACCAGCGGCGAGGAAAAGGUUGUCGGUGGCACAAUUCCGGUUAGCAUGCCGGUUUGAUUGUGCCAUUUUCACGCACCUAGUGUUGUGGAGGUUGGACACAAGGUAAUUUAUAAUUUAUUACAAAGCCAUCACUAAAUAUUUGUCAAAAUUCCUGUCUUAACCCUAAAAUAUAUUAUCUCUGUUCCAAAAUUCUUGUCUUAGAUUUUUCUAGAAAGAAUUUUGGGACGGAGGGAGUAUGUUUUAAAUCUUAUCAUUCAUGUAAUGCUUGUUCGUUUUAAACAUUGGCCUUUAUAAAUCCCUAACAUCAGUGUCCGGCAACGUCCAUGGUUCGUGGGUAUAGAUUCCUGUCAUCGGUUAGCGUCCAUGAUUCACGGGGAUAGAUUCCUGUCAUCGGUUCUCGACGAUGAGGCGGUUAGAGUUUGUAUCGAUGUGGCAGGGGUGCCGAGAUACCUUUGCAAUUGGGUCCUCCAGCCUCAUCUUUGUCAUGCCGAUGCACCCUCCAGUGUUGAGGUGAGACAUGUGAAAAUUAACGGAGGUCAGACUAUUCGAUACAUGGCUCUUCUUUCUCCAGGGCGAUGGUUUGACAAGAUCGUAGCCUUGAUGACUUCUCGUCCACAAUCAACAACUAUAAGCUAGCUCUAGAUGGAGCGGCGCCCUAUCGCCGCUUUCAAGAGGAAUAAGAUUGCAGGCUGUCAGGGAUUUCAAUGUAAUUCCUUUAUUUUUUAGAGUGUCUAUCCUGCUAUUUCUUUUUAGAAUCAAGAAAAGAAGAGCUUUAUUAAUUUAACCAGCGGGAUUACAAUCCUUCCACACACAAGCCGCGAGGAAGGCCGGAAUAUAGUUGAUCCAAAGACAUCGACACCUGGAGGUACUACACUGUUUAGCACAUAAACGUGCCAGUUCAUUUGCUUCUCUAGGUAUGUAGGAUUUAGCUCUUGCAGACACCUAC